GUCACAUUCAGGGAAGCACGCAAUUCCGUCGGUUCGUUCUACCAUCGCUACACUACACGCUUUCUUCCUUUCUCCUAUACGCCACACUCUGGUAGUGCUUAUUCUUUUCCAACAUUGUUGAGAUUCACAUUUGCCCCUUCAGGCACUCGUCGCCGAGUCCGUACUCGUGCUUGCUUGAGGCUAUGGCAGGAGGCCAGGCGACCUUGCGUACGCGCACGGCGUGCGAGCCGCUAGUGCUUCUGUUGCUUGUCUUGCUGAGCUUGGACGGCUAUGGCGGCGGCGUGAAAGCCGCUGCGGGCGGCGUGGCAGCUACCGAGGCACGUCGCGGCUUGUGCACCUCCACGCUCACAGCUGAAGCUCGGCUACGAGCGGCGAUGAUGAACCCCAACACGACGAUCGUGCGACUGACAUCUGACAUCCGUCUGACGUCUGAUCUUCCCUACGUGACCUGUCCUAAUCUGACAGUCAUCGGGAACUGCACGACAGACUGCGGGCAGCCGAGGCUCUGCCAGAUCUACGGUGGAGAGCGGUUCGGCGGGUUUGCCCGCGCCGAGGAGCGGAUCAUCCUGACGCUGCAGAACCUGCUGAUGUCAAACUUUACUCUUUCGAAAGAGAACGCGAGCUCCGUCAUCGCGGGCGGGGGCACCAUCGUUGUCAAGAACUGCCUGUUCCAGAACAACACUGCCCGGGGAGGUGGACUUUUUGGCGCGUUCAUGGGUACCGUCACCAUCGAAAACUCCACGUUUAUUGGCAACAACGGUACGGUGAUUGACGGCAUGUUUGGCAAUGUCUAUCUGAAGGACGUCGUCUUUCGAUCGAACAUAGGUGGGGUGGUGAUCUUUCUAUAUCGAGCAACGGUGGACGGCGAAAGAUGCGAGUUCGAGGCCAACUCGGGAGGCGCGGUGUCUGUGUCCAUAGGCUCCCUGAAGUUCAUAAACUCUUCGUUCGUGAAUAACUCUCGGGGUGCGGUCAGCGCCGUUGCAGCAUCGGCUACGUUCUGCUACUGCCAAUUUGAAGGGAACUAUGUGAUAUCGGAGGAUGGAGGGAAGAGGGAGGUGGAACACGUGUACUUUAACAGGGUGAUGUCGUACGAGUCAAGGCUUCUGUUCUGCAAGCAGCGGCCUCAAGUCGGAGUGCACUUGGAGUCGCCCAACCUCGCUUCCUUUGUCAAGGACUCCUGCGAGGAGUGUCCAAAAUGAUGAAGCCAUCUCGUUCCUUAUCGUCGUAAACUUUAUCGUAUCUUCUUCAUCUUUCUUUUCUUUUUUUAGCUUAAUAUCCUUGUCGUUAUCUGAUCUUCAUCGUAUCUUUAUCUCAUCCGUAUCUUUAUCUUCUUCCUUUUCGGUUGACUGGCAGGGAAGGAUGUGCGACUGCGUGGAGGGAGGAGGAGGAGCGUGAGGGCGUACUCACACAAACACUACCUUAGAUGUAUCUCGCCGCAUUUACGGCAGGACCUCGAUGAAUCUGACUGCUAUUGCCUCCGGAAAUAAGUAAAAAGGUCCUGGUGUGAGUAUGCUCUGAGGACGUACUACUCACUCGAGGACUUUUGCACAAGGCUCUGGACUUUAUGGCGGUCAGAUUCAUCGUAGUCUUGCCGGAAUCGCAGUCAGAUGCAUUCUGAAAAGUGCUAGUGUGAGUGCUCCCUGAGACACGAGCGGUGUCUGACGGAAGAGUGGGGUUUCAACUUUUCGAGCAGCGGCCUCGAUUCGGAGGGCCUCCCUGCAGCCGCGGACAGCCUGGCUUCCUGCCUCUACAUAGGGAUCCUGUGCGGGGUGACAGUGUCUAGAAUCACGCUAUCUCGUUGUCCCUAUUUUAUCCUUGAUUAAUUGGCGUACACUGACCCUGCACUCUUCAUUUUUGCGACAGCUUUGAGGUAUGAGGGUUGCUGCCCACUGCUGUGUUUGGUUUGGGGAACAGUCUGCCUUCAACAAGGGUCAAAGGGUUCACGACCCAAACCAUCC